AUGGAGUCGGACCCAAGCAACCCGCCCGAUCCCGGACCCGGACCCGGACGCAGGAUAUUCUCCAGGAUAUCUGGUUUCGUGUGGAAGCACGGGACAUUUUACAGACUCCACCUGACUGCUUUUACCCUGAUACCCCUUGUGUUUGCCGGGAUCUUCUACGCCAGUAAUGGACAGUACCGGAUAUCGUUUUUGGACUCGCUUUUUAUGUGUUAUUCUGCUAUGACUGUUACAGGUAGCGUGGAAUUCGUGACUCGCUACUAUCAAUUUAUCUAUGAUCACUGCUUGGCAGCAGGUAAUACUGUAUCUCUUAAUGCUCAUUGGGGACAUCACCGUCGUCUCUUGGGUUUAUCUGCACACAGAUGGUACUUCCAGAACGUCUGCGAAUACGUCGACUACCAGCGGCGCACCUCGCGUCUUCGCAAGACCAUGGUGCGCUCCAGGUCCGCGGUGAAGCAAAACAUCUCGGCGCCGGUCGCGGUGUUCAAGCAAGCUGACGAGGUGCCCGCGCGCAUGGAGGCGCGCGAUGCCGAGAAGGCCGAAUCGGACCGCGGACACGAUGACGAUGCCGGGGACCGGGCAGUGUCGGACGCACGGACCUUUACGUCCUCGCCGCGGCCCGCCACUAUUUUGUUGCCUCCUGUUGAUUCACCGGGGACGUACCACUCGUCUAGCCCGCCUGCCGGUGUGGGAUUUGGCUAUUCGACCAGCGUCCAGCCGCACAUGGUCCGGCUGGAGACUAUCCGCGAGGGCGUCGUGUUCCCCCGGCGCACGGCGACGAUCUACAGCGCGCACCACGCCGUCGCGCCGGAGAACCGGAAAUUCCAGGGCAGCGGGGGGUUCCCGGGGCCCGUCACGGUGAUGCGCCGGCUGUUCAAGCGCGGCGCGCCGACGGCGUUCCGGAAGUUCGAGCGCACCGUCACGCUGCCGUAUACAUCGACGCUCGAGGCGAAGAAGGUGCCGUGGCUGAGUUUCGACGGGCUGGUCGUCGGGCGCAACUCGGCGUUCCGGACCGAGACGCUGAAUGACGACCAGCUGGAGUCGAUUGGGGGUGUUGAGUACAGGGCGCUGAGGCUGUUGAGCUACCUAAUUCCUUGCUAUUUCGUCGGGACGCAACUGUUCUCGUUCCUCCUCUUCGUGCCGUGGCUGUCAGUGACCCACGGCUACGACUCGGUAUUUAAGAAUCAGUACCGCCCGGUCAAAAAGCCCUGGUUCUCUUUGUUUUUGGUCCUUGCGGCAUAUUCCGGGGGCGGGCUGUCUUUGGUCGAUUUGGGAAUGCUGCCGUUUCAGUCUGCGUAUUUGAUGAUCUUUGCGCUAAUUUUCGUGAUCUUGGCUGGAAAUCAUGCUUUGGUGUCCCAUAUUGUGAGGUUCAAUAUGCAUGUAAACCUGAUUCUCUUUCUGACCGUGAUCAUGCGCAGCCUCAGACUCGUGAUUGUGAUCGAGUGGAUCUCGUUUGAGGCGUUGGAUCAUGGCCUCGACUUUUACAAGCAGAUGGGGACAGGCGCGAAGGUCGUUGACGGACUCUUCCAGGGGCUUGCUGCGCGUGCUUCUGGAUUCUCGAUUGUUCCUCUGGCUUCUGCAGCUCCUGCGCUUCAAUUUCUGUAUGUCGUGAUGAUGUACAUUGCGGUGUAUCCUGUUGCGAUGACGAUUCGGUCUACGAAUGUAUAUGAAACGGAGUCGCUGGGUAUAUUCGAGGAGCCACCCGACGAUGCAGACGAGGAGCCCAUGGACCUGGAUAAGCUGCAACCUCGAGAACGGAUCGGGAGGUAUCUGUGGUGGCACAUCGAUCGACAGUUGUCCAUAGAUAUCUGGUGGAUGGUCUGGGGAGUGUUCCUCGUGGCUAUCAUCGAGCGAGACAAUCUUCUAGACGAGAACAAAAAGUGGUUCGAUCUGUUCCGGAUUCUGUUCGAACUCGUGAGCGCGUUUGGUGGAAUUGGCUUGAGCCUUGGAUUUCCUUCGGAUAACUAUUCGUUUUCCGGAGCGUGCCGCCCUCUCUCCAAGCUCGUCAUCAUGGUCAUCAUGGUCCGUGGCCGGCACCGAGGUCUCCCGGUCGGCAUCGAGCGCGCCGUCACUCUGCCUCGCGAGCUGAACACCGACCGCACCAACGCGCCCGACCAGGAUGCGAAUACCAACGGUGCUACUGCUGCGGAACCGGUCGCGGCGUGAUCGCUGUGUUAUGAAAACUUUGCUUUCGCUUCGCAAGUGUAAUAUAUAGCAUUCAUUGAACAUCCAAGCAUUGUUUGUCGUCGUCUCUGGAAUCUUGGUCUGUGGGUGAGUAGAGCGCCGUCUGAAGGGCAGUGGAACUCCGACGCAGGCCGGUACAGAUCCCGUAUGCUCGGAUUCACAUGCUGAUGCGAGAUGCAGCGGGGAUCACUCAGGCCAGAGAUCGGCCAGGAUCGGCUGUUUUGUCGACGGGAAAGAGCUGUGAUGAUAGAGAUCUACCUGUGACGUCG